GUCUAGCGCCGGGUAAAAGGGAUUUGACAGAUGCAAGUCUUGAGCGGAUCCCCGCACUUCGCUUCCUCAGUGGGGCCGGAGGAGCCAUGGCGGCUGCUGCCUGCGGACUGCACGGCGCUGUGGUAGCAACCUCAGUCAGCGGCAAAAAGACGGUCACUUACCGGGAAUACAACAGGAGGAACCGGGAGAACUCCCGCCGAAGACAAGCAGCUCUUUUGUUCCUGACUAACAUCUCUCUGGACGGCCGGCCGGUCCGGAGUAAUUCAGCGGAGACUGGAAGGAGCUACAACAAAGAGCCCGAGUUUGAUGGAGCAAACCCCGGCACCGCAGCAGCGGGAGGUCUCUGUGCGGAUCCCCCUCACAUGAACAGCCUGUCGGCGUCUGUCAGUUGUGGGGUCGUUAGUCCCGGAUCGAAGGCAAGUCUCACAGUACCGCCAAUCCUGGUCCUUCCGUCCGAUAACGGGCAUAUCGAUGUGGGGAGCACGGAGGUGCUGCUGGGAAGCCGCCGAGGCUCGGUCCCCUCACCGGGGGACGGUAACCUGCUCUCCCCGUCCCUUUCCAACAACAGCCUGCUACCGUCUCCGCUGGGACCGCGGAAGUCCUCCACGCUGCUGUCGGUCCAGAGCUGCAACUCUGUGUCCUCCGAACCUCGGCACAGAACUCGGAACCUCUCUGGUGGUUCUCCAAGACCUCGACAAGCAAAGAAGAUCCACUUCAUUAAAAACAUGAAGCAGUACGACACCAGAGGCAGCAGGAUCGUGCUCAUCUGUGCGAAGAGGUCUCUGUGUGCUGCCUUCUCUAUCCUGCCGUACGGAGAGAGCUUCUACCUCAGUGACCCCACAUUAAACCACCCCAGGAGGAGACACUCCUCUGGAAACAUUUCCACCACCCUGGAGAUGGUGCCGGGACUUGAGGGUUUCCAGCUGGACUCGUAUGGGAGGUCAGUGUCCUACGCCCAGUUCCUGUACCCCACCAACGCUCUGGUGAGGUGCAAACCGUCGUCAGUCAGCGACCUGACGCUGCAGAUCCCCAUGUCCAGGAGCACACACAGCAUCCCGGGCAGGAGCCACCCGCCCAGCCGCCUGAGCAGCACCGUGGGACUGGACCUGGGUGUGGAAGACGUGUCAGAAUACGACCCCAACCUUCUCAGUGACCCCCAGUGGCCUUGUGGGAAACAUAAACGGGUGCUGAUCUUCGCCUCCUACAUGACAACUGUUAUCGAGUACGUCAAACCGUCCGAUCUGAAGAAAGACAUGAACGAGACUUUUAAGGAGAAGUUUCCCCACAUCAAGCUCACCCUCAGUAAAAUCCGCAGCCUGAAGAGAGAGAUGAGUCUCGUCGGGGAGGACUGCGGCCUGCAGCCCGUCACCGUUGCCAUGGCGUUUGUGUAUUUUGAGAAGCUGGUUCUGCAGGGUCGGCUCAACAAACAGAACAGGAAGUUGGUGUCAGCUGCCUGCAUCCUUUUAGCUGCUAAGAUCAGCAGCGACCUGAAGAAGCAGGAGGUCAAACACCUCAUAGAUAAGCUGGAGGAGCGCUUCAGGAUCAGCAGGAAGGAGCUGAUUUCGUUUGAGUUCAUCAUCCUGGUUGCCCUGGAGAUGGCGCUGUACCUCCCUGAAAGUAAAGUGUUGCCUCAUUACAGGCGGCUGAUGCAGCAGCGGCAGGUAUAGCGGCGCUUGGCUCAGCGGCACAGCGGCAGUCUGCUGCUCCGUCUUCCACCCGGAGACUCCCAGCACCUUCCACCACCUACACUGUGAUGAUCCUCACGAUGCCUUGCUCAGAGGCGGCUCCCACACCGUCCUCUGAGUGGUGCACAAUAAAAACCUGAGAGGGGAACACCAAAGUUAUGACACACUGUGACAUCACCAAACGAAUCAUCAGAGAAAUACUGAGGCCUGAGAAAUUACUAUCCCCAGUAUAAACCAGUCAUUUUAGAUCCAGUUCCUACCAGGAAACUCCCAGUUUGAUCCUUAAUUUUUUACACACAGUUGUAAAAUUUUAAAAAGUUGUUUCUUUGACAUGUUAGCAACUCUUCUGAGCUAUAAGAAAGACUUAUUUCUCCCUAAAUUAAUUUAAAUAACUUAAAAUGAACUUAAUUUUUCUAGUACCUGAAUUCACUGAAACAUCGUAACAAUAAUCAAUAAACAAAAAAUAUAAAAUAGAAAUAAAUACCUUAAGGUAAGUAUAGAACAAUGUCAAUUAAUUUAGUGGUUUUAGUGAACAUCUUUUCAGUUUAAUUAUGCUCGAACAUGCGUCACUGUGUGUGAUACUGACUUAAAAUUUCAUCAUGAUCAUUUAAAAAAUUUUUUUUAUAGUUAAUUAAAUUCCUCAACAUGCAUAUGUGGCAGUGAGACAGAUGUUGACAAAAUGAACAAUGUACGAAGUUGUAAGUUCCUGCAACAAGAAGGAUUUGAGUUUAACAGAAUAAUUUCUGUUAUUUAGUGGGGAUGCACCGAUCCACGUUUUUCACUUUCGAUACCGAUAUCAGAAGUUUAGUAUCGGCCGGUACUGGCCUGAUACAGAAAAACAUCGCUGAAUUGACUUAAAAUGUGUAUUUUUUUAAACACAGACAUAAAUCUACUGAAUUACAACCUUUGUCAAACAUGUAAAAAAUAAACUGCGUCAAACCACUAAGAGGAGAAUUAAGGAGCACAAGCUUUUAAAAUGGUUAACAGGAGAGUUUAAACGUGUCGCCAUGAUUACUGAGCUUUUGACAAUCAUUUUAUUGCACUCCAAAUAAUCUGAUCGGCUGCUGCCAUAUGUUGUUUCUGAGGAUCAACGGAGGAUGAUUAGGAAGACUUCCUGGAAAGUUUGGGGAUCAUCGUCUCCUCCUCCUCCAUGUGCUGUGAUCGUGUUUAUUCACGUACUGAAGGUGUUUCUGGUAGCGCCUGAAAGCGUCAUGCACUUUUCUGUUCACACAGAAGCUCCAGCUGUGGAGUUUGGAUGUUUAAGUGCCUUUGUGUGGCGAUUUCAUGCAAAGCAGAGCUGAUUCAGUCGUCUUCCUGUCCUGUAAUCUGUUUUCCUGCUGUACCGGCAGACGCUAUGAUCAGAAAACGUUUCUUCCGCUCUGAACAUCUUCCAGCAUGAGAAACGCUGUCCUCCUGUGUCCGCUGUCCGGAAACAUCUGUAGUGUUUGUGUUGCUUACGGUUAUCACUGAAAAGUGAGUAAAAAUUGAUAUUUUGAGACGGUGAAACAGGAACAAACGUUGUGCUAAACGUUCCAUUUAAGGGAAGGAACUCUCUGUGGCUGCAAACAUCCUCAUUCUCUGAAUCAUCACUAAACAAAUUCCAACCUUUGGGUUCCUGAGCUGCAGCAGAAAAGCAAUAAUGAACUCUUGAGCUCUUUAUUUAUUGUUUUUAUUGUACAAUAAAGGGAUGAAUCUGUAUCCAGACCAAGGUUUCUGUCAGGAUGUGUGCAGUUGUUCUUUUCUUCCUUCAAGCUGCAACGUUAAAUCGGCUCCUUGAGCUUCUAAAUUGGGCAUUCUUCCUUUGGCGGCCAUGUUGGGGGAAGUCACUUCCUGCUGAGCCUCGGUUAUUUUUGCACUUUGCCUUUUUAGCCUCACCUCAGUCUUUAUUUUGUCACUAACUAAUAAUAUUUUUCUACAUGUGAACAAUCUUUAUUGUAACCUUGGAUGUUUUGAAUGAACUGUGUCACAGAAACGUAUUUAUUGCUAAUAAUCCGUCAGAUAAAGGAGAAUCAUGUGCGAGCAGAUAUACGUAGCUGAAAAUUACUCCAAGUACAACCUGAUUCUGAUUCUGAUUCUGGUUCUGAUUCUGCGUUGUUAGACUUACAUCCAUGUUCUUCCACUUGUGUUUUUUCUGUUUUGUGUUAAAGAAAAUGUGUUUGUUGGAGCAGGAGAGACGCUUCCUGUACUGCAAAAACACAAAGUAUUUUUGUGUAGUUUCUAGUGCAACUAUCUUGGCACACUUGGAAUAAAGUAAAACUAAUAAGUAACUUUUCAGCAAGAUAUAGGAGCUUGUUUUACGUCAAUAAUUUAUAGUUCUUGGCAAAUGAUUCCUCUUGUAACAGGGGAAAUAUAUCUUGUUAUGAGUUAAAUAAUCUGCCAAUGUAACAAGUACUUUUUUAAUCAAUAUUAAGAAAUUAUUCACUUAAAACAAGAUCCUACAUCUUGCUGAAAAGUUACUUAAGUUAGUUUUUUCUUUUUUCAAGAUUCCUAAAAUGUUUGCACUAGAAACUAGACAAACAUUUCUCUACAGACCAAAUGUUUCCAUUUUAUUGUCUAAGCUGGAGGUUUCUGCAGCUCCACCAUCAGUUUCAGCAUGCUGAUUUCUGUUUUAUUUUUUUUUAGCCUGUCCCUGUUACGUUUUACAUCCAUCUUUGUGCUUUCAUGGGUUGCAAAUAAAAAAUUAAAACCAUGGUGAGGAUUCCUCUCCUGCUCCAGCUAAAAGUGCGGAAUAAUCUGCAGUCUGCUCACAUACUGGACAGCAGUCAGAUUUUUAAUCAAUUAAGGAAAAUAAAUGAGCUUCAUACAGAAGGUAUUUGAUUAAAAUAUUUUUAAAAAAAAACACUUCAGCCGCCAUUUUAAAUGGUUAUUUUGCUGAAUCAGGUUAGCAAACACUAUUUUUAACCUUUUGUUUUCCUUCAGACAACAAAAAUGACCAUUUUCUGUUAUAAAGUAACCAAAAAUCUCUAAAUAUGGCCAUAAAGGCUGCAGUCGUUUUCUCUACAUUAGAGAAGUUUUAUUUUUGCAGCUUUUAUUCUCUCAGUUGACCUUAAUUCUUUCCUAUGUUGUGCCACAGCCUCAUUUGUUUUAUUUAGUUUAUUUUUGACUCUUCUUCCAGCACUGAAACACUGUAAAGGGAAAUAUUUAUCAAGUGUUUGUCUUCUGUUUCUCUCUGUUUUCAUUUUAACUUAUUUCUACUUUAAGCUGACAUGCGUUCUUUUUGUUUUUAUGUAAUUACCAGUUUAUUUCGACAGCAAUAUCACAUGAGUGGAAGUUUUUGCAGAGUUAUUUUCAGCUGCCAGUUUCAGUGAAACACAUUUAUUCAGUGCGUGAGAACGGCUGCUGCAGUGGAAAUGAGUGCAGUUUUCUCUGCAGGACAGUUUGGUUUUCUAAUUUGUCUUGCAAAACAUGGAGACCAUAUACUGUUAGAAAAUGCAAAUGUUUAAUGUCAAAUUUAUUUUCAUUAAAAUAUUUAAAUUUA